AUGGAUUCUGAGACAAAGAAUAAACUGUCAACGAUAUGGAUCUAUCCGGAUGUUUCCCCUUCGCACCUAAACCUUACAGCUGCCUUCCUUCUAAGCAUCGCACCUUCUUCGCCCAAGAGUCGCUGGACAAAAGGACCUCUCGUCAGGCAGACCAGGAGAGCCCGAGCAGACAGGAGAUCAGGAGCAGACGCAGGACAGGUCAGGUCAGCCUUUGCCCUCGGCGCCCAGGGCACAGGGUCUCUCGUGGGGGGUCACAUCAUUCCUCACCCGAUAAACCAGCAAGCAAAGUCCCUUUUCAUUUCACCACCACACGACCCCCCCUACAUCUUUACAUCUGGUGGCCCAGCGGUGGAAAGGACCUCACAACGCCGAAGGUUGACGAGAGAAGUCAAAGGUAAAGUGGAAAUGAAGGGUAAAAGAGAAAGAUGUAAAAGCAUAUGGAAGUGGCUUGCAGAGACCGCGAGCAUAGCAGUAUUUACUCAUUACCCUCAACGUAGGAACAAGUGCCAAGUCAGCUGUAGUUUUUUCCCCCAUUUUCCUCCUUUCGUGUGUCCAGGUCGGUCCAGACAGUCAAGAGAUUGCCCAGUACAACACAUAAAGAUGUCUUUAACAUUGACAAGCGAUUUGGUGGCACAGUACCAGGAGCAGGUGGAGAGUGAGGCGAGCUCUAGCUUAGCCAUGAAUGCUUGCUGGAAGUCAGACCCCCUGGAUAUGUGCCUCCGCCGUAACAAGGUUGUGGAAUGUAAUCACAUCUUCACACAUAAGGUCGAGAACGAGGGACGGCCAGUCACCAACCAGAAGUCGUCAGGGAGGUGCUGGAUUUUUGCCUGCCUCAACGUGAUGCGCAUCCCCUUCAUGAAGGCUUGCAACAUAGAUGAAUUUGAAUUCUCUCAGGCAUACCUCUUUUUCUGGGAUAAGAUUGAACGUUGCAACUAUUUCCUCAACAAAAUGGUAGAGUGUGCCAAACGGGGCGAGGAAGUCGAGGGCAGAUUGGUCUCCUUCCUCCUCCACGACCCGAUCAGUGAUGGAGGCCAGUGGGACAUGCUGGUGAACCUCAUCACUAAGUAAGGAGGGAGUUGGCUCUUUUU